UGCUGGGUCUGAGACACUGCUUGUAGUUCCCUUGGCUUUUUUCCCUCUCCUUGGUCUUUGGAGCCUGUGUGUGUGUGUGUGUGUGUGUGUGUGUGUGUGUGUGUGUGUUUGUCUAGAGUGCCAAAAAAAAGUGCUGAAGAGUCCUAGGGAGAUGAAGCUAUUUUUGUUCGAAGCUGAUCCUUCUCACCAAGCCACAAGUGCAGCUUGGGAAAGCGCUUAGGUUGUUUCCAGGGGAGAACUCUGCGGGGGGAAGGCAAAGUUCAACAGGACAGCACAGAAGCAGCAGAAACAGCCAGAAAAGAAAGCACCCUUAGUGUCAACACAGCACCCUCCACCGAGUUUUCCAAGUGCCACUGGACAGGAACCUUUCACCCGACUCUUGCUUGCUGCGACCACCAUGACUGAGAUCACUGCUGAAGGAAAUGCAUCCACAACUACCACCGUGAUAGACAGCAAAAACGGAUCGGUGCCCAGGCCCACGGGGAAGGUGCUGAAGAGGACAGUCACCGAGGACAUAGUGACCACCUUCAGCUCCCCUGCUGCCUGGCUGCUGGUCAUCGCCCUCAUCGUCACGUGGUCGGCUGUCGCCGUGGUCAUGUUUGACUUAGUGGAUUACAAAAACUUCUCAGCAAGUUCUAUUGCCAAGAUCGGAUCUGAUCCUUUAAAACUAGUGCAUGAUGCUGUUGAGGAAACCACAGACUGGAUCUACGGCUUCUUUUCUUUGUUGUCUGACAUUAUCUCAUCAGAGGAGGAAGAAGAUGAAGAUGCGGAGGAGGAUGUUGACAAAGGAGAAAUAGAGGAACCUCCCCUGAAAAAAAAAGAAAUACCCAAAGAAAAGACUGAAAAACUAGAAAAACCUGAAAGGAAAAUACAAAGUAAAGUUACACACAGAGAAAAGGAAAAAGACAAAGAAAAAACAAAAGAAAAAGAAAAACCCGAAAAGAAAGCAACUCACAAGGAGAAAAUUGAGAAAAAAGAAAAGCCAGAAACAAAGGCAAAAGAUGACAAGAAAGCAAAGACUAAAGAGAAGACCGAAGAAAAGGUGAAAAAGGAAGGGAAAGGCGGGAAGCAGGAGAAGGUGAAGCCUGCGGCAGCAGUCAAGGUAAAGGAGGCUCAGAAAGCAGCCCCAAAAGCCAAGGAGAAGGACAGCAAGGUGCCCGCGGCGGCCUGGGAACAGGACCAGAAAGAUCAGUAUGCAUUCUGUCGAUAUAUGAUUGACAUAUUUGUCCAUGGGGAUUUAAAACCAGGACAAAGCCCAGCUAUACCCCCUCCAGCGCCAGCCCCACAGGCUUCAGGACCUGCUCCUACCACACCUACUCUGGAGGAGAAAGAAGAUGAGAAAAAGAAAGAAGAAAAGAAAGUUACUUCUGAAGCACAAAAGAGAGCAGACAAAGAAGAUGUUACAAAGAAAAGGGAGAAGGAAGCUGCUGCUGAUAUGAAAAGAAAAGAGCCAGGGAAAGCUUCUGAAACCAAACAAGGUACUAUAAAAGUUGCAACACAAGCAGCAGCUAAAAAGGAUGACAAGAAGGAAGACUCCAAGAAAAUAAAAACACCCACAGAAGAACAACCCAAGGCAAAAAAACAGGAAAAGAAAGAAAAACCUGCAGAGCCAGUCAAGCCACCAAAGAAGGAGCAGGCAGCUCCAAGUGAAAAGCAAGUAAAAGCAAAAACUGAACGAGCCAAGGAAGAAGUAGCUGCUGUGUCCACCAAAAAAGUUGCACCUGGGAAGAAGGAAGAGAAAGCAGUCAAGACAGUGGAGCAAGAAAUUAAAAAAGAAAAAUCUGGGAAGACUUCUUCAGAUGUGAAAGACAAAGAGAUUAUUAAGGAAAAAGAAGUGAAGGUCCCUGCUUCCCUAAAGGAGAAAGCACCUGAAACUAAAAAAGAUGAAAAGCUCCCCAAAGCAGGCAAAGAAGUCAAGCCCAAACUUCCACAGCCACAAGUGAAAAAGGAAGAGAAACCAGAACCACAUGUUAAAACGGAAACAAAACCAGCUUCUUCUGGAAAAACACAAAUACACAAACAAGACAUAGCAAAACCGGAAAAGACCAUUCCCCAAGGAAAACCAGAAGAAAAAGUUCUCAAGCAGGUAAAAGCUGUCACAGGAGAAAAAACAGGAAAAACUGGGCAUCCACCAAAAGAACCUCCCUCCAUCAAGACAGGCAAACCGAAACCAAGUUCAACAGAAACAAUGGAAGUCACACAAUCAGGAAAGAAGAAAAUUGAAAAACCUGAAAAGGAAAGUAAAGUUCCGACAGGGAAGGAAGGCAGUCAUCAGCGCAACGCAACCCGAGAAGAGUUUGAAGAUGUGCCAGCCUCGAUGAGAGCUAAAGAAGAAACUGAAGAUGUGUCUUCCCCAAAGAAGCAAAAAACUCCCAUCAGUUUCUUCCAAUGUGUCUAUUUGGAUGGAUACAAUGGCUAUGGAUUUCAGUUUCCUGUCACUCCUGCACAACGCCCUGGAGAGAAUUCUGGAAAAUCCAGUUCUUCAGGACAGAAGCAGCAAGGACAAUAGACAACACAUACAUAUGACCCUUACAAAUACUUUAUAAUUGGGAAAAUGACAGUUUCUGCAUGGCCCACAAUGGUCUUGGCAAUUGAAGGCAUGCCAUCCUGACAAUCUCCGUGAAGACAGUUUACUCUUAUGUCUAGUGUAGAGACAAUGGGUGGGAAAGGGGAUGAACAAUAAGCAAAUUGUGGAAGGGUCUGAUGUAUAAUAAUCCCUCAUUAGUGUUCAUUGCUGUGAGAAGGCACUGCUUGCAUUUUAUAUUUCCCUGCACUGCAAGGUUGUACACAAACUAAAGUUUACUUAAUACUGGCUUUUUGAAAUGCGAUUCACACAUUAACAAAAUAAAAUUCCUGGCUUUGGUUAGAUAUUUGUUUUUUUUUUUUUUUAA